AUGCGCCACAAACGUAAUUUGCUCCCCGCCAUUAAAAAGGAAAAGAAGAUCAUCAAUACGGCGGACAACGGCCGAUCGCAUUCAUACUACAACCGUUCAGGGAAAACAGUACGAGAUGAGGCGUACACGUCCUACUACGGUGAGGAUGAGUAUCCAGUCACAAAAGUCCUGCGAGACCCUGUGUAUGUUGAGGUGCGCAUUUUGGAGAGGACUGACCCCAAUCUUGUCCUGAUGUUGGGACACUGUUGGGCGACAUCAACCCCUAGUCCUCUCAGUCUACCCCAGUGGGAUCUUCUAGUUGAUGGAUGUCCUUACCAGGAUGACCGUUACCUGACUGCACUGGUUCCUGUAGUUGGCACGUCUGAUCUUCAGUUCCCGACCCACGCCAAGCGCUUUGUUGUGAAGAUGUUUACGUUUGUGGAUCCAUCAUCACUGGCCCCUCUGCAGGAGACUAUCUAUAUUCACUGUAGUACUGCGGUGUGCCACCCUGCUUCUGGUACCUGUGAGCAGAGCUGUGCCAGGAAAAAGAGAGCAGUUGCUGGAAAAAGCAGCGAAGAAACUGUUGUUUCCAGUGGAGGUGUUUUCUUUACGAUGUAAAUUUCAUUGAUUUUAAUAAACUUAUUUGAC